AUGCAUCACAUCACAGGACUUCUCACGAUCUUGAGCCUCCUUGUUCAACCAACGGUCGCCGUCCUCAUCCAGCAAUGGACAAAUUGUCUUGGUGCCUCCGUCACGCAGAGCGAACCCCUACAGCUACAAUGGGUACCUCUCUACGUCGAAGCUGGAUUUGAACACAACGACUCGAGCCACAACCUCAAGGUCACCGUCUACGGAAAUGUAACCGGAUCCUACGGCGGCGUGUCACUUCCUCCCUCGACCAGCGAUGAUUGGAACAAUCCCAACUUCACCGACGGCAAGAUUCUGCGCAACCCGUUUCCCACAACUGCCGCCAAGAUCACGACGCUGCACGAUACGAUAGACGUCUUGACCUACGAGCCAUACGCGGCUGACUUCGACUUCUGCGCCUCUGCUCUGUUCAACGGGGUCUGCCCGCUGGGACCCGUGUUCGACACGACGAACAUAGAAAUCCCGUAUGGUCUACCAGCAAUGACCAUGGAUAAGACCUUCUACACCAGCUAUGCAUUUACUUCGUUUUCGCCAACUUUUGAAAUCAUCUAUGGUGACGCCCAAAAGUCCAAGAUUGGGUGUGUCUCGGUCACAGUCACCCCUGAUCUCGGGGACCUGGCUUGGAUGUUGAGUCUCUUACCCAUGGCCAUUCUCGUCUUUGUCGGGGUAGCCACCAUUUUUGCCAGCAUCUAUAGCCCUUGGGGCACGACAGACAUUUAUCACUGGAGUUCGAACUUCGGGCGGCACAACGACUUGCUUCGCUUGGUGACACCUGGAUUCAGCGACUGUCUUCAGUACAUCCAGUUUAUUGCCUUGACUGGCGGCCUCACACUGAACUAUCCCGGAUUUUACCAGCCUGUCGUCAGUCGGGUGUCGUGGUCCGCGCUCAUGUUCAACGAGAGCUUCGUCAGCAAGGAUCCUGGAUGGCAGGGUCUGGUGGAUGGCAUAUACCACACGAAUGGAACCUAUGGACUGCAAGAGUAUGCGCAGCUGGUUGGAAUGGGCAAAGUCGAAGACAUCUGGGCCGGGAUGAUGGUCUGGCUCAUGGUGCUCAUAGCCAGCAUCACCGUCAUCACCCAAGUGGUUGUUGCGAUCCAGUGGGUCUAUCGGUAUGUGAGAAAUGUUCAGGAGGAGGAUUUGCGCAACAAAAACCUGCCGUUUACUGUGGGGAACGUGAUCCGGAUCGUGUUCAAUUACUUCCUCCUGCCAUUGGUGGCGCUGUCGAUGUUCCAACUGGUGGUGUUCACCAGCUCUCCCGCUUACACGGUCGGCUUGGCCGCAGUCACCAUCUUGCUACUUCUCGUCUUCGCCGGAUGGCUUCUGCGCCUGAUCACGACGACAAAGCCACGGUCGGUACUUUUCGACGAUUUGUGGACGGUUCUGCUCUAUGGUCCGCUGUAUAACACGUACUCGGACGAAGCUGCUGCCUUUGCUCUGAUUCCCGUCCUCCUGACUUUUAUCCGCGGCAUUGGCAUCGGUGCGGUGCAGCCUGCCGGUAUCGCGCAAAUCAUCAUCUUGGCGAUUUGCGAGGUCGUACAGGUCAUCACUCUGCAUGCGUUCAAGCCUUUCUCGUCCCCGACUUCGAUGAAUGCAUACCACACGCUCUUCUCAGUCCUGCGUUUCGCCACCAUCAUCCUCAUGACCGCUUUCGUGCCACAGCUGGAAGUCGGCGAUGGGCCAAAGGGCUGGGUGGGAUACGUCAUCUUGUUGAUACAUGGCGGCGUGUUGGUUCUGUGCUUCAUGCUGAAUGCCUUGCAGACUGUCAUCGAGGUCAUCGCGAGGUUGAUGGGGGCCGGCGGAGAAGACAACAAGGGCUUGUCUCAGGGCCCGCUGUCGAGGAUCUUUGGCGCACGACAGCUUUCCAGACGGACAUCGCGGCGUGGAGCACAGUCGAGGCAGAGCCAGCUGUCGAGCACGGCAAUGCUCGCUGCUGGUGAGGCUGGGAAAGGCGGAUACAUUGCACCUUCUGGGCGUGUCAGAAGCGAGUCCGCCGGUAGCGUGCGUGUCAUGAUGAACCAACGGCAUCAAAGAAGUUCGUCUGCUUUCGACGGCAUGAGCUUUGAUGCGCCCCCAUCACGGCUCGACAACGGGAGUGCCUUUACACCGACGACCCCUGGCGAGGCCAGCACCUACUCCUUCCUGCCAUCUCCUGCUGUGGGACAAAACCGCCAUGCGAUGCCUGCCUCUGCUCUGAUGGCGGAUGCGCCUGGUGAUACUUUCUACAGGCCGCCCAGGAGACGAAGGCCGACACUAGAAAACCAGUCAACAAACUCAAGAGCUCGCGCGUCAUGGGCAACGAGUGGUGACUUCUCUGAGAGGCGGCGAAGUCAGGUUGGACCCCCUCUAGAGCCGGUGGAUGUCGAAGCCAACGACCGCGGCGUCACGGCGCCUGCCGCGUACUCUUCCCUGAACUUCCCCACAAGGAACGAUUACGCAACGCGAGAGGUGGACUUUUACUAUGGCGUGCAGCGUGGCUCCAAGUUAAACUCAGGCGCCCCGCAGAGAAGGCUGGGUACAGGCCCUGCAGAUCCGACGGGACCUGUAGCGACGGCUACGGGCUGGUUCAGGAAUGUAUUUGGUGGCAAGAGGAAAGAAAAGGGCAAGGGUUUCGAAGUCGUGAGGAGCGCCAGAAUGCCCCCAGCAAUGCGAGCAGGAGGAGGCGACUACGACGACACCGACCCGCCAGAAGGAACACCCGUCGCUAUGGGUGUGCUGAGGAGUGGGCCGAUCGAUUCGGACUCGGAUGACGGCCGCGGCAAACCCAACCCGACGACGGUGGGCCCCGAAGCUCCUGCUCCCACCGAGCCACUCUUGGACGGCGACAGAGUCAGCCUAGACGAUUCUGGCGAUGAGGCUGUCGUGCCCCGUGCUGGCCAGCGCGGUCUUGCACCGACCCUACCGGACGUGGACACGGGCAGCAGCUUCCACGUCCCUAGCAGGAAGGUGUCGAAGGCCAGCCGCGUGGCGACAAUCCGCAACGAGGAAAUUCCCGAAGUGCCCAGAAAAAGCUCGAAGCGCAAGUCGGAUCUGAUACCGGGCUUGACGCUAGACCUUGACACCCCGGUGGGCAAUCGGCCUAAUCACCAGCCAAGCCCAAGGAUGGACGAGCAACAGCAGUCCGCAUCCGGAUCAUCUCGCCUUCCAUUUGAGCGUCGCAGAUCCUUAUCAAAUCAUACGCCAUCAGUCUCGUCAAUGGGCGACACAGAGGAGUCAAGCGGUAUGGAUAUACAUCGCGUGUCGAGUGAACACCGCCCGACGAGUAUAGGGACCGUGCAUGUGCACCAUGGGAACAUCAGUCGUUUUCCCUCUGAUCACAGGGGAAAAGUUCAGGGGAGAGAGGCGGAAUUCGUGGACGAGUGACGAGGAUGAGUACGGACACACCAAAAAAGAACAACAAUAUCAACAAUUACAAAGAGACGCAUUGCUCUCAUAAUCAUCACCAAGGUUUCAGGAAUGAAUUAACAUGGAGCAACGGACUAGCCGGUGGGGGGGGGGGGGGGGCGUUGGCCGUCGUUCAUAAUAUAUGGCAGUAUAGAUUACCUUUCUCUCGGUUAUUCUUCUAUUGGUGUUUUGCUAGCGAUGGCGCAUAAAAUACUUUGUGUGGGCAAGCGAGUCUAUUCAGGUGGAUCGGGGUUCUUUCUCUCUCUUGUGUCUCUCGGGCAUGAGCAGGCUUUCUUUCCUGUACCCUGGCGAUCGUAUAUCAUAUUGUUGUGUACUAGUAAUCAACUAAAUGAAAUGAUACACAUAUGAAUGCG